CGAAGUCUUGAGUCAGACACUCUAGUGUGUGUGUGUGUGUACAACGGUAUAACCCAAAGUUUCUUAGAAACUUGUGACAGCUAUUUUGACAUGGUGUGUUGUGUGCCUUGAAGUUCUAUAGAUGUUUACAGUUUAAACAAGCAAGACCUUUUUUACACAUUUAUAAAAUAUGGAGUUACCAUCUUUAUAUGCUGUCGUGCCUUUCCAGGCUAGCCAAAAAUGUCGUCUAAAUAUUCCGAAACCAAGGAACUGGGAAGCAGAAGAGGAUGACGUAAACUCGAUCAGUUCUGCUGUUUCCAUACAACGUGACAAUGGCCAAGAAAUGUCUUCUUGCGACGAAACGGCAUCACAGGUCAGCGACGAUACGGCAUCACAAGUCAGCGACGAUACGGCAUCACAGGUCAGCGACGAUACGGCAUCACAAGUCAGCGACGAUACGGCAUCACAAGUCAGCGACGAUACGGCAUCACAAGUCAGCGACAAAGCGGCAUCAGAAAUCAGCGUCGUGCCCUAUGAAGAAUCUCCUCCACUAACACUAACCACAGCCAAUAUCAAGAUUCAAUCCAUAUUUCGCCAAUCCAGCCGGGAUUCCAUUCUCAGCCAGGCUGCUUCAGCAGUGUCUGUUCAGCACGUGAUCACAUCGUACACCUCCCAAAAGCAACGACCACUUCCUUUGCUGCCCGGAGAGAGCCACACUAGAGAAAUCUGUCUCAAUAUUUUCGCUUCUGAAAUCAAAACAUCACAAGAAUCAGAUGCACCGACAGCGCUCCAUCAGUACCAAGGAGUUCAGAGCCCAAGGAAUGUUCUUUCUGAAAGAAAAGCUGCAAAAAGAAAAAAAGUGUCGGGAAAUAGUUGCCUUUUCCCUAAAAAGUACUACAAAGUAUCAGAUGCUUUCGAACAACGGAAGAACAUGUCCUGGCUGCUGCGAAAGAAAACUCUGGUUUGUUUCUCGUCUCUGUCUGUUGCACUGAGCUUCGUCUCAUGCGGACUUCUUCUAGUGAUGAAGUUCUGGACACACUCAACUCCUCAAGAGCUGAACGUGUGUGCUGAGACCAACUCAAGAAACCAAAGUCGAGCAACGAACACAAGUCGGUCAAGCUCCAACUGUUACUCUGAACAACUUGAUCAGAUUCUCAGCAGUCGUCAAGUCGACGGAAAUGAAGUUCCUAUUGAUAAUCUUCCAGUCUACCAAAGUAGUGGUGGUUCCUGCUUUAUGAGGGUGUCACGUACCAGUUGGUACUUUAUCUACUCAUCCGUAACAGUGAAUAUCUCACAGUGUGCACCGGAAAUGAAGCAAUGGAAGCAUCAAAUUGUUUACCUUCCAAGAAAUGAGUCUCUGCCCAAUCGGACACUCACGUUGUCUAUAAAAAACUGCUGCAGCGGCUGCCCUGUAUAUACAGAGAGCAGUUUUACAGGCGGCAUCUAUCGACUAGAAGAUGGAGACCAACUGCAGACUUUGGUCGACGUGAAACCUAUUGCCUCACAAAACCCUUGUAUCUCCAUCGUCAAUAUUGGUGCAGGAAACAUCUCCAAUUCUUAAAGCCACCAUUACUAACAGCUUCUAGAAACGCCAGAUGACAGUCUAGGUCAGCAGUAUUCUUGUGAACAGCUACAAAGACAUUAAUAUGUUUUUCCUGAGUGUUAAAAAAUGCAAGAAUUGUGGCAAAUAAGUGUGAAAAAAAAAGGUUUAUAUUAUAAUGUAAAUUUGAACUUAUUUUUCUACAUCUGAACAAGACAGAAGUGAACCAAUACAUAUGCAGCACACUCCAAAAUAUUUGUUGAAUAACUCGGCCACCCUCAUUCUGCUUACAACAUCGAUCCACGUACUCUUCUCUUGCCCAGCUGUCCCGCGCCCACAUCAACUUUCAAGUCAUUUGUCCAGUUCUUGGCACAUCAUCCUGACCUUUCAACCCUCGUCACUUUUGUGUUUCACUUCAUUUAUUAUACGCUACAUCUAACCCUUACAGCCACUCGCAACCACUUGGUGUAAUACUUUGUAUAACAAUACAGCGUUGUCCAGGUGUGCCUGCUACUAGUUAUACUAAUAAUUAAAUGUAUAAAGUAUUGUUAGCAAACACAAUGUAGGUUCAAAGCGCUAUGAUAGCAUAACAAACAGAAACACGAGACGAGUUAGCCUUCAUGUUCUUUUUUACAUGUAGUGAAGCAGAUUGUUUGUCUUAGACCAAUGGGGAGCGAGUUUCAUACUUUUGCUCCGUGCACAGAAAAAGACGCGAACCGUAACUUUGGAACGUGGCAACACUUGAAGCGAUAUGUGGAGGGAUCAGUUUGCUAAGGUACAUGGGCAGUUCUUGGUUCAAGAUGCACCGUUGACAGAGUGGCCAACUUGUAGUCAAUUCUUGCAUUCACAGGAAGCCAGAUUGUACGCAAGGGAACAGUAGCAGAAUCACAAGCUGUUUCUAUGGGACUUCAUCGUGCAGGGUUGUGACUUCGCUGCAGCUUCAUGAUUUUGUCAUCGGGUAUACCCGCUAGCAUGACUUCACAGUUGUCAAGCGGAAAUGUAGGAAUGCUAUCGCAAGCUUUUUAGCGCCCCCGAAAGGAAAAAUCCGCUAUUAGGUUUGUGCAAAAUGUCCGUCUGUCACACUUAGAUCUCGAAAACUACAAGAGAAAUGAAAAAUAUUAUUUCACCAUGCGAUGCGGCUUUAAAAGUUUAGGUGCAACGGCUACUUUUGGUUUUCUAAAAUAAACUGUUUAUAAAAUUAAUUAUGCAAGUGAUUUUUUCAUAAAAAUACACCAAUCCUUAAACAAUUACGUAAAUGUAAGGGAGGCAAUGUUACAAUAUGUUAACCAAGAACAACAAUGUUUUGUGCUUUUUUUAAUACCACUAAGUCAAAUAUAUCUAUAAAAUGUACAAGAAAUGUUCACAACAAAUAUAAAUAUUAGUUACAGGUGUUUUAUCUGGUCAACUAGCUGCCAAAAUUAAAAGAAAACAUUUAUGUUUGUUUAUAAAGGCUAAGAAUGCACUUUGUAUGUAAAUAUCACGCACAUUUUUUUUUUAAAAUGGACUUUUUAUGCAGCGACUUUCGUGUAGUAGCGUAAAGCCCUACCUUGUCAUGGUGCCAAACUAAUUUCUUAAACUUUUUUUUAAGAAUCAGAUUUUAUUUUUUUUUGUUUAGUGCCCCCAUCAGAAUAAAAAAGGUUUAUUUUUGUGUGUUCUGUCCUUUCUCGAAACUAUAAAACUGAGUCAACAUUUUCUUGGACAAAGAGUACAGAAUUUACAAACAAUGUGUUUUGUUAACCUCUAGGACUGUUUUGGUAAUAAUGAAUUCCAAUUUCUACUAAGCUAUGAAUGAUCAAGAGUUUCCAGAAUGAUUCUAGGAAGUCAUUUCAGUAACUUUGAUUUAGGGUGACACAUCAAAGUAACAACUGUAAUUUUAUUUAUUCACACAUUUGUAAACAUAGUGUGAUGUUUGUUCUUUAAAGUACACCAACAGACAUCUCUAGGUGGUAAUUACUUUUCGGUUACUCCAGUGUGAUUGUAAGUUUGUUUAUAUGUUCUCCAAUAAUAAACCUAAGAUUGCUUCUCAAUAUUUUAAA